CCGCGGCGCCUUCAGCUCCCUCUCCCGCGUCUCAGCCACUGCCUCCUCCUCGUUUUCCUCCUCUCUCCGGCCCGGGGGCCCGACCCCGCCGAGAUGCUCUUCCACAGCUUGUCGGGCCCCGAAGUGCACGGGGUCAUCGACGAAAUGGACCGCAGGGCCAAGAGCGAAGCGCCAGCCAUCAGCUCAGCCAUAGACCGGGGCGAGACGGAGACGACCAUGCCGUCCAUCAGCAGUGACCGGGCCGCGCUCUGCGCGGGCUGCGGAGGUAAGAUCUCCGACCGCUACUACCUACUGGCAGUGGACAAACAGUGGCACAUGCGUUGCUUGAAGUGCUGCGAGUGUAAACUCAACCUGGAGUCGGAGCUCACCUGCUUCAGCAAGGACGGCAGCAUUUACUGCAAAGAAGACUAUUACAGGCGGUUCUCUGUGCAACGCUGUGCCCGUUGUCACCUGGGCAUCUCAGCAUCAGAGAUGGUGAUGCGCGCCCGGGACCUGGUUUACCAUCUCAACUGCUUCACCUGCACCACGUGCAAUAAGAUGCUGACCACUGGCGACCACUUUGGAAUGAAGGAUAGCCUGGUCUACUGCCGGCUGCACUUCGAGGCGCUGCUGCAGGGUGACUACCAGGCCCACUUCAACCACGCCGAUGUGGCGGCGGCGGCAGCAGCGGCAGCGGCAGCUGCAGCCAAGGGCUCGGGUUUGGGCGCCGGCGGGGCCAACACCUUGGGCCUCCCUUACUACAACGGCGUGGGUACAGUGCAGAAGGGGAGGCCGCGGAAACGGAAGAGCCCAGGGCCUGGGGCGGACCUGGCCGCCUACAAUGCAGCACUGAGCUGCAACGAAAAUGACGGGGACCAUCUGGACAGGGACCAGCAGUACCCCAGCAGCCAGAAGACUAAGCGAAUGCGGACCUCCUUCAAACAUCACCAGCUGAGGACGAUGAAGUCCUAUUUUGCUAUUAACCAUAACCCCGACGCCAAGGACUUGAAACAGCUAGCACAGAAGACGGGUCUCACCAAGAGAGUUCUCCAGGUCUGGUUUCAGAAUGCCAGAGCUAAAUUCAGGCGGAACCUUCUACGCCAGGAGAAUACAGGGGUGGACAAGACCUCAGACUCCACACUACAGACGGGGACCCCAUCGGGCCCAGCCUCAGAGAUUUCCAACGCAUCCAUGAGCCCCUCCAGCACUCCCACCACCCUCACGGACUUGACUAAUCCCACAAUGCCAACUGUGACGUCUGUCUUAACUUCCGUGCCUGGGAGCCUGGAGGGCCAUGAGUCCAGGAGUCCUACACAGACAACUCUUACAAACCUUUUCUGAUGACGCUUUCCCAAUAAUUUCUUUAAAAAAGAAAUUAUCCUUUAGUUGAAUUCCAAGUGUAUUUUAAAUAGAGGCUUUGAGCAACUAACUAACCACAUUUUAGGAUCUCGCCUGGAAACAGAGGGGGAAAAAUGAGUGUUCUGGUAACUACAGAGUGUGGACUGAAAAUUAACUUGGAAGAUCUAUCCGCAACACAACAUUUGUGUAACUGUACAGUUUUGUGGACUGACUGAGCAAGGAAAACAAGAAUUAAUUUAAGUUGGCUAGAGCUUCUUGUAUUUCAAAGACUGCCACGUGCCUUAUAUACUGUUUUAUCUACAUACUGGAUUUCCCAUGUCCAUUUUCUCUCUUGCCUCCUUUUCUCUCUGUAUAUU